AUGGGAAUAGCCCAAAGACUCGAGGAAGCAAAAAGGAAGGAGCUGUUGCCCAAGAAGUCCACGAAGGUGGAGGAAACAAAGAAAUCAGAAGCUGUUCCGCCCAAGAAGGUGGUCGAGAAACCGAUAAUGGAGAAAAUCGACCUUGGGAUAAAGAAUCUACCUUCAGAGAAAGAGAAGCUCAGGAGUGCUUUCUCCAAGAAGCUCGAGGUUCACAUGGAAAACCUCCAGGAAACCAUUUUUCGAGCCACUCGUGCUCUAAACGACGUAACGGGGUACCUGGGAAUAGAAAAGUUGAAAAAGCUGGUGGAGAAUUUAGAGGAGGAGCUCAAGAGCAAAAAACAGACAGUCAAAGACAGCAAAUUGGCGUACCUGGAGGCGAUCCAGAAACGAUCAGACUCUCAGAAGGAGAUAAAUGAACUAUUGACUAGAAAACACAAUUGGGGUCCGGCGGACGUUGAGCGUUUUACGGAACUCUAUAGAAAUGACCAUACGAAUCAACAAGAAGAGGAAAGGGCAGAGCAACAGUUGGCAGAGGCGGAGCUGGAAGUUGACUCUGUGCAAAACAAGUUGACUCAGCUGAUCUUGACUCGGUACCAUGAGGAGCAAAUAUGGAGUGACAAGAUCAGACAGGCGCUGACGUGGGGAACUUGGAUUAUUAUGGGCAUCAACGUGCUUCUUUUUACAGUUGCUACUUUCUUGGUGGAGCCUUGGAAACGUAGAAGACUUGUGAAUGCUUUCGAUGCCCAGGUUCAGCAGAAAAUGGAUCUGUUCUCCGCUGAAAUGAGGGCCUUAGCCGCCGGGACCGCUGUUCCAGAAAAGCUGUCCAUGAAGGAGGAGAGUAAGGCGACUGAUGCUUAUGUAAUAAGCUUUAGCGGGGUCUCCACUUGGGAGCUGUUCAGAAACUGGAUUGCAAGAUACUACAAUGCCGUGAAAAACACCCAGUCGUCCUUUUUUCUCCAGCAUCAGGACUUCGCCAUACUUUCAGCAGUCAUGAUCGGCUUUGGCUCUAUUCUCGGAGGUCUUUUCACACAUUUACUCAAAGCUUACAUACUAUGA